AUGAAAUGUGAGAAGAAUCUGGGGAGCAUUACUCGUGGACAGGGAUAUUCUGAUGGCCUCGGCUCUGUCAAAGAUGGUUGUUCAGACCUUCCUGGUGGUCUUGCAGGAACUGGCACAGCAUGCUCUUCCUUGGCAUUUCCAAUUGCACUGAUUCUGACCUUUAUUAACCAAAUUGAUGAGAACGACUUUUCCACAAUUGUCUUCAAGCAUCCUGGUUGCAACCUUCACUUUGAGGCUGUAUUCGUCUUCCUGAAACACUUGAGUGAGAACCCACCUGCAGAACUAAAGGUACAGAGACAGACUUUUCAAAGAAUCCUUGAGAGUUCAAGUUCAUGCAAAGGAGUCUGGUUGGUUGAAUGGCUGCUGCAUAAGGAACAACCUGGCAAUGACCGAGGACAGACAACAUACUGCAGCAGAACAGACAGCAUACUGCAGCAGCUCACAGGAGGGAGAGGUUUCAUCCAGCAAGAAGGACCAAAACAAGAUUCCAUAAAAGCAAUAAAAUACGAAUCAAGUCUUGAAGGAGAGGUAACAUUUGGAUACAGAGAGGGAAGAGAACAGCCUGAGUUGAGGCUGGGAGCAACAUGGGAAACAUCUGUUGGGCUGGCUCGCCUAGAACACACCACCAGUGAAGGUCGAGGUGGGGAAUGAGCCUGGGGCGAGACUCAGGUGGCUCCAAUAAUUAGAACUCCUGCCCUUGCCAAGCCCUUUGUAAUUUAUGAAGCUCUUUCCCGGGAAUUGUCAUUCAACCUUCACAGUGACUCUGAUUUAGAUAUUUCGUAUAAAGAAACUAGAGCUCAAAGUCUGAAGUAACUCACCAAAGGUUACUUAGUGGCAAAAGUUGUUUUCAAGUGGGCAAACUACAGAGUACUUUGCAUGAGAAGGCACUAAAAAUACCAUAAAUAUGUGCCAAUCGGCCCCCAGUUGCCUGAGGCUAAUUUUUAAAGUUUGUUCUCUUCCGUAGUUUUAACAUUCCCCUUGAGUAAAUAAUUUUCCAAUAUUAAUUUGCAUUAUAAGUCAUUUCUUCAGGUUACAUUUCUUCAGGUAAUUUCCAGGUUAAACUUCAGCUUUGAACCUCUUAGAAUUAUCAAAUUCUGAAUUAUUGGCAGGUGAGUUCAAUGUAUUCCUUUAAACCAGAUCAUACGUGCCAGUGUUUCCAGACUUAAAAUUUUCAGGCUCUUUUUACCCUGUUUUGUGAGGA